AUGGCCAAGAGUGUGUUAGCAGCCGUUCCGGGAGGAGGGCUCAUGGAUAUCCAAUACUCAAGUUCAGCCGAGUACAUGAAAUCACCCAAAGACGGAGCGCAAACUGGCCUCAAAUACCUCAAAGCACAGGCCUCCAAGUGUCCAAAGAUGGCCAUGGUCCAGACACAAAUUCUAGCCGCCAAAGACUUACCACCUAACAAAGUUGUGGCUGUAGCACUUUUUGGAAAUCCAUACUUCACAGCUGGUGCCCCCCAAAACAAAUGUGACGCGAAAACGGGAAAAGGAAUUGCAUCAUCGAUGGGGGUUAAGGCGCCGAAACAGUACACCUCAAUCAUUUGGGAUUGCUGUCUUACUGGUGAUAUGAUUUGCCAAACGUCGGGGGGGAUGACGAGCCAUAUGAAAUACGGAGGCAAACCAGCGUCUGACGCACAAGCGUUUAUUGUUGGUAAGUUGAAAGCAGUAAAGGCAGGUGGCAGUCCCGGAGGAGCUGCGGGUGGUAAUACGAAUGGGAAAGGUGGAGCGGACUCCGGCGGUGGAGCGGCCGGCAAGUCGAUGGGCUCGAAACCGGGCGGCGAUAUGGGUGGGGGAAAGAUGGGAGGAUUGGGCGGGAAACUCGGUGGACUGGGAGCCCGAAGCCUAGCCUGGCACGCCGCAUCCCGAGGCUCAUAGCAGGACUUGAAGCUGAAUGGCGAAGUGAA